UUGGAGGCAGCGGACGCCAAUCUAAGCAGAUAACGGUACAGGGAUGGUGGUACCUUAUGCUACGGACUCGGGCUGUAACGCUGUUAGGGCUGUAGAGACACCUUGCCUUGCCGCUUAAGAAAACCAAGAAGAUUAAUUCGGUUUAAAAGCAUGUAUGGCUUUGUCAAUCACGCCUUGGAACUGCUGGUUCUGAGAAAUUACGGGCCGGAGGUCUGGGAAGACAUCAAGAAGGAAGCGCAGCUGGAUGUGGAGGGCCAGUUCCUGGUCAGACUCAUCUACGAGGAUGCGAAAACCUACGACUUGGUGGCUGCAGCUAGCAAAGUUCUUAAGAUCGAUGCCGGUGACAUUCUGCAGAUGUUCGGGAAGAUGUUCUUUGAGUUCUGUCAGGAAUCCGGAUACGACACUAUCCUCCGAGUGCUGGGAUCCAACGUUAGAGAGUUCCUGCAAAAUCUCGAUGCUCUGCACGACCAUCUGGGCACCAUCUACCCAGGAAUGAGGGCCCCAUCCUUCAGGUGCACGGAUGCCGAGAAAGGAAACAACCUGAUCCUGCAUUACUACUCGGAGAGAGAGGGUCUGCAGGACAUCGUGAUCGGGAUCAUCAAGACCGUGGCCCAGCAGAUCCACGGAACCGAAAUAGAGAUGAAGGUCAUCCAGCCAAAGAGUGAGGAGUGUGAUCACAUUAAGUUCCUGAUCGAGGAGAAAGACUCAGAAGAGGAGGCCUUCUAUGAGGAUCUGGAUGGGUUUGAGGAGAAUGGCACUCAGGAAACACGGAUUAGCCCGUACACCUUCUGCAAAGCCUUUCCUUUCCAUCUCAUGUUUGACAGGGAGCUGGUGCUCACCCAGUGUGGGAACGCCAUCUUCCGUGUCCUGCCACAGCUUCAGCCGGGGAGCUGCAGCCUGCCCUCGGUCUUUUCCCUCGUGCGUCCGCACAUCGACUUCAGUUUCCACGGCAUCCUGUCUCACAUCAACACCGUUUUCGUGCUGAGAAGUAAGGAGGGCUUGCUGAACGUGGAGGCGUCAGAGUGUGAGGACGAGUUGACGAGCACGGAGAUUAGCUGCCUCAGGCUUAAGGGACAGAUGAUCUACCUACCUGAAGCGGAAAACAUCCUCUUCCUCUGCUCCCCGAGCGUGAUGAACCUGGAUGACCUGACCAGGAGAGGACUCUACCUGAGUGACAUCCCUCUCCACGACGCCACACGGGACCUGGUGCUCCUCGGGGAGCAGUUCCGCGAGGAGUACAAGCUGACGCAGGAGCUGGAGAUCCUAACGGACCGCCUGCAGCACACUCUCCGUGCCCUGGAAGACGAGAAGAAGAAGACUGACAGACUUCUGUAUUCCGUUUUGCCGCCGUCUGUGGCAAAUGAGCUGCGACACAAGCGGCCCGUCCCAGCGAAGCGCUACGACAACGUCACCAUCCUCUUCAGCGGCAUCGUGGGCUUCAACGCCUUCUGCAGCAAACACGCCUCAGCGGAAGGUGCCAUUAAGAUCGUCAAUCUGCUCAACGACGUCUACACCCGGUUCGACAUCCUGACAGACUCCCGCAAGAAUCCUUAUGUUUACAAGGUGGAGACGGUCGGGGACAAGUACAUGACGGUGAGUGGGCUUCCAGAACCAUGUACUCACCACGCACAGUCCAUCUGCCACCUGGCUCUGGACAUGAUGGAGAUCGCCGGCCAGGUGAAGGUGGACGAAGAGCCUGUUCAGAUAACCAUCGGGAUCCAUACGGGAGAGGUGGUGACUGGGGUCAUAGGGCAGAGGAUGCCUCGCUACUGCCUGUUCGGAAACACAGUGAACCUGACGAGUCGUACCGAAACCACGGGCGAAAAAGGGAAGAUCAAUGUUUCCGAGUACACGUACAGGUGUUUACAGUCAGCAGAGAACGCAGAUUCCCAGUUCCACCUGCAGUACCGGGGACCCAUCAACAUGAAGGGGAAAAAAGAGCCCAUGAAGGUGUGGUUUUUAUCCAGGAAGAGCCCAGAAGCUGCUAAACAAACAGCAACCAACUAAAAGCAGAAUUCACUUCCAGGCAAACACAAUGUUAUAUGAGUUGCGCUAUUUUACACCUUAAAACAUACAUGGAUAUGUUUUAAAAUUCCCAGAAACAAAUCCAUUUCAUUUCCUCGUGUCUGCUAAUUUGUUCUUUGCAAACCAUUAGUUAUUACCUCGAAUAAUUUGCUACAUUCAUUUACUAUUGUUUCCCUGUCUCCAUAACUACCGAUAAACUGUGAGUAUUGAAUAAUGUUAUUAACUGAUUAGAGUUAUGGAAAUUACAAACUGGUAUGAUAUUAGUCCAGAAUCCUAGAUGAACCAUCAUAUUCCCAUUUCCUGUAUUGCGCCAAGAAUAUUAGAAAUUGUUGUUUUGGUAAUAUAUACAGAAAUAAACACCUAUCAGUGUAAUACAUCAAACUCAUGUAUAGUGUAUCUUAUUGUACCAUACUUUGAUCUGUCCUCAUUCUUUAUCUUGCUUUGCUGUAUGUGCACUAUAAAUAUCUGAGUAUUACGAAUUAUUAUGAAUAGACUACGGAGUGCUGUGAACGUUUCCCAUGCAAAAAAAAGGUUCUUACAGUAAGAUUUAGUGCCAGAAUGCUUUAUUUCUAUUUGUUUAUUGUAGAAUUAGCUUCGUCUGAAUUAUUCAUGAAGUGAGGUACCUGAAUUUGAAGUCUCUUUGAGGAAAGUCUUUAUGGCAUUUACUCUCCUGCCCAGAAGAAUCGUCGAUGCACUAACUGCCUCACAAAAUAGUGUCCUUCGUUGCAGAUUUGAGGGGAUCAUCUUUUUCUAUUUUUUUGCUGACAAUUACACUGGAGCACAGAAGUUCUUUAAUUCCCCAAAGUGUUUCAGGUCGAAAGUAGUCAGUACACCUAUCGUAAGGGAAAUUUUUGUUGUCGCAUUUAUUUUGUUUUUUUUUCCCCAAAGUCAAUAUACUAAAUGGGGAUAUGCGACGGGGGUGUUUUCCAUUCAUUCUCGUCAGCUUCAAUAGCCAGUGUGCUAAAGGAAAGUCCCAGAGAGAAGAACCUGCUGGUUUUAGGAUUCAAGGUAAUACUUUAGAAGAGACCUAUACAUAGUGUGGGGAAGCAGGAUGUAGGGAACACUAAAGCUAGCGCUGAGGUGUGAGGAUGAGCAAUGGAAAUGUUGAAGAGCACCAAACACUGUCAGUUUGGAGGACUCAUCCAUUUUUGCUUAGUUAUUAAGGUAAUUUUAAAUGGUAUUGUCUUUAUAUUGCUUUGACCUGCUAUAGCCCAUUCUGUUAUUAAAAUUAUUAACAAUUAA